UGCAAGGUGCGACCGUGCCGUGCGUGUCACGCGUGCGUGCGUGCGUGUGCGUGCGCGACAUUCCUAGCACAUGGAUACACGAGGAUCCCUGCCGAUAGGAAUGAUGGUACGUGAGUGAACAUUUUUUAUAUAAAGAUGUCACCAGCGUGCUUAAGAAAGAGCGCGAAUGUCCUGGAGCGAUGAGCGGCGGUAGAGAGUCGCGGCGCCCUCCCCGGCGGCCGUAGCGAGCCAGAGGCCAGACAGGGAAAUGCGUAAGCACUGCGAACAGCUGGGGAGGCGGUUGAGGCAGCAGGACGAAGAGCGGCGCCAUCAGGAGAUGGUGGAGGCGAGCAAAAAGAGAGAGGGGACAAGUACGCCGCCCUGCGGUAGUCCACGAAAGAGCAGGCAACACUUACUGGACCCCAUCAGGAGAUGGAAUUCCUUCCACAAUUCCAGAGACAGAAAGAAUCAGAGACAGGCUCUACCUUACCUCCAGACGCUGGAAAUGUUCAGGAAGCAGCACGUCCAGCAAGAAUCUUCGACCACUAGAAGCUCGGAUGUGUUCGCGAGUAUUUGCGCCGAGAUGGCGAAAGACCCCAACAGCACCUACCAGCCGAUGUUACCUCAAGGGUCUGAAUCUCUAGAGAAAGCCUCGAGAGUGUUGGGUACAAACAUCGCCAACGAGCUGAUCGCUUUGUCCCUAGCAAACCUGAAAGAGGCGGCUAAGAGUCCCACGAGGAAGCAGUUUUCCAGUCCGAACCUGAUUGAUCCCACGAGAAACAGUCCGCGAUGUAGACGGACGUCUUCGGACAGCUAUCCCAUAGAUUUUUCUGGUGAGAGGUACUCCACGCCUAAAGCGAUAACGAAGACCUUCUCGACGAGCAAUCCAGAAGAUCUGCCUAACCAUAAGACGGGUAUUUCUAUCCCGAAGUUGUCUGUCAGUGAGAUCCCGCAGUCCCCUCACACGCCUCACACCAGCGAUUCAUCGACUUCUGGACUAGCCGAAUCUCUGAGGAAGACCUCGUCCUCCUCCACUGUAUCAUCGACGUCCUCCAAGACCGUGCCCAGGGUACUCGCUCUGAGAACGGAAUCUGCUAGUGAACUUCUCGCGGCAUCCCCGCUUUCUUCCUCUCUACCCUCAGACGUUGGGCUAACCCCACCAUGCGCCCCUCAGAUGCCACGGCGCCGGUUCUCCGUCUGUUUCGGCAAGCGGACAGGAGGCAGCGCUCGCCGGCCUAACGAGUGUUUCGUCUUGGAGCCGUCCGAGAUGAUUGUGAUUGACUAUCCAGAAGUUCAGACUGCCAGGGGGGUGGGCAAUCCUCGACUGCCCCCCACCAUGGACCGUGGAGGGGUUAAUCUUGUGUUUGACGAUUCCUUUGCCCGACCAGAGUUGUACCAGAAGUCUAAUCGCAGCUCUCACUCAUCGGACACUAGCUCUGCGUACAGUGGAUCUGAUACUAUGACCUCGGUACACAGCUCUGUUGAGGCAGAUGACGUAGACCUCAGCGGGCUGGUAGAGAGCGUUGUAGAUUCUGAUGAAGAGGAUUUAGCAGAAAGCACUGACAGCCUAACACUCCAAAGAGACUCUCUACGGGAAUGUCUUGAGAAGGACCCCUCGGAGCGGACAGAAGAAGACAUAGAGAUCCUGUUAGAGUUAACACAACACCUGAAAGCCUUCACCAACAUGACACUGGCUGUGAGACGGGCUCUGUGUAGUGUAAUGGUGUUUGCGGUGGUAGAGAAGGCUGGGACAGUGGUGAUGAACGACGGUGAAGAGUUGGACUCGUGGAGUGUGCUCAUCAAUGGUCAUGUGGAGGUGGAGCACAGUAAUGGCCAUGUCGAACACUUGCAAAUGGGUGACAGUUUUGGUAUCCUGCCGACAAUGGACCGAUUGUACCACCGCGGGGUGAUGCGGACCAAGUGUGACGAUUGUCAGUUCGUUUGUAUCACACAACAGGACUACUACAAGAUACAGCACCAGGGUGAGGAGAACACAAGGCGACAUGAGGAGAAUGGAGCUCUAGUCAUGGUGACAGAGCAGCGGGGUGCUCUGGAGGGGGGCCGGCGAGGUCCUGUCGUCAUCAGGGCAACCCCUGAGAAGCUGAUGCUGCAACUGGUGGAGGAGAACUCAGUAAUAGACCCAACAUAUGUUGAAGACUUCCUUUUGACCUACCGUACCUUCAUUGACAGUUCAGGGCUAGUCACCAAUCAGCUUUUGCAGUGGUUCACAGAGCCCAGUUGCCGUGACAGGGUAACCCGUGUGGUACUGCUAUGGGUUAACAACCACUUCACUGAUUUUGAGACGGACCCACUCAUGAUGGAGUUUCUGGAGCUGUUUGAGGCAGGGUUGGAGCGUGAGAGCAUGACCGGACAACUGCGAUUGCUGAACAUCGCAUGUGCCACCAAGGCUCGAUCUCGUUGUGUCACUCUGGCCCGGCCUAGCCGAGACGAGGUGCUACACUUCUCUGUACUCGGUGGUUACGAGCGAGGCUUUGGCAUCUUCAUCUCCAAGGUGGACAAAAGGUCAAGGGCAGAGGAUGUUGGACUGAAGCGUGGAGACCAAAUACUGGAGGUGAAUGGUCAGAGUUUUGAUCAUGUGAGUCAUGCCCGAGCCCUCGAGAUACUGAGAAGCACUACACACCUGAGCAUCACAGUCAAGUCUAAUCUGCUAGCAUUUAAAGAGAUGCUCCAGACUCCUGACACAUCGCCUAGGGCAAGAGUACGCAAAACUAACGAGAUUGCACGGCUACAGGCUGACCCUCGCGCAAGACUAGAUGUGCCACCGCCUCCGCCUCCUCCACCUGCUCCUGUGCCUCCUUCACCUUCCAAGCUGCCUGCCCCACCCUCCACAGCUACCCCUAACAAGGCCGGGGGUUUCAUGACUCUUGGGCCCAAGAAACGACUCCAGAAAGCUCUCAUAAAGAUGAACAUACUUCCUAAAAACACUAUCACGGAUGGCACUGUGUGUGAUGACGUGACAAUCACGCACCAUCAUGGCGGUGGGCAGACUACGCUCUACCACAGCAACCCCGACCUCAUGUCCAUCUGUUACGAUGACCUCAGAGUGUCAGACUAUCCGGAACAUGUGCUCAAAGUUUACAAGUCUGAUCAGACCUGCAAGUACCUGCUAGUCCAUAAGGAGACGACAGCCCACGAGGUAGUGAUGUUAGCUCUACAAGAGUUCGGCAUGACAGAGCCCAGUUCCCACUUCUCCCUGUGUGAGGUGAGCGUUGCUGAGGGUGGCAUCAUCAAGCAGAAGAGGCUGCCAGACCAGCUACAGAAUCUUGCAGAGAGGAUAGGGCUCAGUAGUAGGUACUACCUGAAGACCAAUGGCUGCACAGAGACACUGGUGGGAGAUGACCUGGCCUCGGAGUUGGUACGAGAGAGUCAGGUACACUUCCUGCAGCUAAACGCUGUUGAGGUGGCGGUACAGUUGACGCUACAAGACUUCAGCAUCUUCCGCCAGAUUGAGAGCACUGAGUAUGUUGAUGACCUAUUUGAGCUGAAGAGCAGAUACGGAACUCCCAUGCUUUCGCAGUUUGCAGAGCUGGUGAACAGAGAAAUGUUUUGGGUGGUGACUGAAGUAUGCUCUGAACAUAACCUAGUCAGAAGAUCAAAAAUUAUCAAACAGUUUAUAAAAGUUGCAAGACAGUGCAAAGAGUGCAAGAACUUUAACUCAAUGUUUGCCAUCGUAUCGGGACUGGGCCACGGAGCUGUUAGCAGACUUCGGCUCAGCUGGGAGAAGCUGCCGUCCAAAUACCAACGGUUGUUUAGUGAUCUGCAGGAUCUCAUGGACCCCUCCCGCAACAUGAGCAAAUACCGGCAGCUGGUUAGCAGUGAGCAGUCCCAGCCCCCGAUAAUCCCAUUCUAUCCAGUGGUGAAGAAGGAUCUGACGUUUAUCCAUCUAGGAAAUGACUCUCGGGUGGAGAAUCUGGUGAACUUUGAAAAGCUACGGAUGAUCGCUAAGGAGGUCCGGACACUUACGAAUAUGUGUUCUUCUCCUUACGAUCUGCUUACUAUGCUGGAGCUGGGUGGGCAUCCGGCGUCCAGUGCCAUGGCAGCUCUUAACCAGCUGACCAACCAGACUGCACCAGGCGGUGCUACUGUAAAACGACGUAAAAAGUCCACCGCUGCACCUAAUCCAAAGAAGAUGUUUGAGGAGGCCCAGAUGGUACGCAGAGUGAAGGCAUAUCUGAACAAGAUGCGGGUGACGACUGAUGAGGACAAGUUGCACGAGUUGUCACUGGCAUGUGAAGGUGGGACCAGCAGCGGUCGGACGGGUGGUGACCACUCGGCCCCUGGCUCUGCACCGCCACGCAAACGGAAUCCUUCACCCACGUUGUCCACCACAAGCAGCGCCAGCUCAGCUAGCGAAGGCAGAAAACCCACCGCACCCAAAUUUGGGUCAGCAUCACCACAGUCUGUGAGGAAGCUACUGUCGCUGAGUGAAACCAGCAAGACGCGUCCACACCAGCCCCGCCACCCGCCCCAUCCACUUGCAUCCCCUGCACCAUCCCCCGGCUCACCCCGCCGGCUGGGUGGAGGCAGGGGACACUCCCACGAGCGCUCGCACUCCGAUACACCACCUGUACCCCUUCUCUAUCACCCGGACCACCCUCCACCAUUGCUCAGCUCUGUGGAUCUGAACGCAGAGAGUAGCAGCGUUACCAGUCUCUCCAACCUGCCUCUGCGCAAGACUCUCACCUCAGGUUCGGUGACUUCUAGUGAUUCUGGUCAUUCCACUCAGCUGGACUCCCAUUCCAACAGUUCUGUGGAGGCAGGAGGUAUUGGGGGCACCUCACCUCCACACCGGCGUCACUCUGUCAUGCAACCCCCAGGCUAUGUAGCAGUGAGGCCACCUUUCCCGCAUGCUGUGCCAGUGUUGCCACCUCUACCACACCCACCAGUGUGUGGAGUACCACGCCUGCGCCACCAGCCGCCACCCGUCUACAGCGUGGCAGCGCAGCUGGCGGCCAGACAGCACCGGCUGGGCCGCGCACACUCACAUGAGGGCGUAACUUCUCAUCACCCCCACUACCCUCAUGAUGAGGACGAUGACGAAGACGUGCAAGUGUCCGCAGUCUGAGCCCAACUGAUCAACGAAUUUACUACUCAGUCACUACUUUAGUUGUCGUUGCAUGGUUGUCGUACGUCGCUCCCCUACCCCACAUUCCAGGCAGCCCAGUGUAUAGUAUAAUAAUGUAUCAGUUAGAUGAGUGUCACGCCUAAAAUUUCGUUUUUGAUAUUCAACAGGUUUUCAACCUUUUUGAAAGUAGUUGCGGAUCUGCCAUUAAUAUGAGAGCUUCCCAUCUUUCUUCCUCAUGAAUAAUGAAUACAGUUUGUACCAUGAAAGCAUUUAUUGACCAAAAUGUGGCCUGCCUUAUCCUUCAAUCCUUCCUCCCACCCGACUCACAAUACUUUGUUUUACAAGAAACAUUUAUGACUGUAAUAUAAUCGUAUCCACUUAUGUUGAAGUGCUUAUAAUUUAACCCCACGUUGACAUAAAAAUAUGAUUACAUUUUUUUACCUUAACUUGAUUAAAAUUAAUAUUUUAUUUUCGGUGCCAUUACUUAGAAUGUGUAUAUUAUUUUUGAAAUUUGUAAGAUAAAUAAUUUGAACUAUUAAACCAAAGAAGGACCUGAUCGCUUUGUACAAUCUCAAUAUAUAAAGAAGACUUGGAUAUUUUUUUAUGGUUAAGAAACAUAACAAAUGGAUUUUAUUUUGCGUCUGGUAGAUGUAAAUAAAACAUAGUAACUUGUCAUAGUUUUGUAUGUGUAGUAGGACAGAAUCAGUGGUAUGUGUUAAACUCAGUUUGGAGGCUAGCUUCAAUUUGGAAACUAAUAUGCGAGGUGAGAUUGUCAAUAUUCAAACUACAACUACUCAUUAAUAAAUCAAGUUUACCAAUGUUUUUAGCUGUUUCGGUAUAACAUCAUUUUAUGGGAUUUUAUUUUUGUGCAGUCAAGGCAACAAAGUUUUCGUUAUAUUGUUUUAUGAAAACAAACAUGUUUAAAAGCUAAAGGAGUGAAAACUAGUCAGCUAAUCAAUAAAUGUUGUUGACAUGAAUCAAAAUUUAACAAUAAAUAUUAUGUGUAUUUUAAUGAAAGUUAAUUCCAUUUUGUGAUUAACAGAAGAACAACAUAUCACAGGACGGGUUUCCAAGUUGAAGUAGUAAGUGGAUGAGUCAUCGUGAGCUUACGAAGGCACUCAGUAUAUCAGAACACAUAUCUCAUAGAGUAGGUACUGUGCUCGUCUAAGCUGAUCUUUCUCGCUGUCAGAAUUCAACACAUCACUUGCGUGGUUUGUUACGAUUUUAAUAAUCCAAAACCAAGUCUAUUAAUUUUUAAAUCAAGCAUGUGGCAUGUGGUGAAUAUGUAAUACAUUAUUAAAGAAUUAUAAACAUUUGCCAAUGGAAGGUUUUUAAAUACAUUCUUAGUAACACUUAUCAAUAGCAAAUGUUCUUAAUUCUCAUAUCUCUCAAAUCAUCCAUUGUUAGUAAGGAACUUAAAACAAGGAAGUUUAUAUAAUGUUAGUUUUUAAAUCAGUCAAAAUGCUGCACAAUUAAUGUAUUACACUUGAUCAGUAAAAUGAUGAGAAAAGUUUCCUAAAAAAGUACUUAUUUUUAUUUGAAGGUUAGGUUCCAUUAAUAAAUUAAAAUUUUUUUUGUUAAACUUUGAUUAGUUUGUUUCUAGUAUUGUAAUGAUUUGUGUAACUUUUGACUGAUCGAUUGACAAAGUCAAUCUACCAUUACCGAACAAAGCACUGCAAGUAGAUCAAGCCUAGAGGGCCAGAAAUGUAGGAUCAUUGUAAUGAGUAGCUUGGAAAUAAGUUUAGUUUGUCUAUAUGCAACAGUUUGUAAAGUUUAGUUAAAGACAUGUACAAACAAAAAAGAAAAUUAGUUAUUUGUAUUUAUCUUUGUAUAUUUUUUCCUUUAUACUUUUUUGAACUGUACAAUAUCAGAUUAUUGUUUAUAGAUUCUAUUUAUUCGGGUCGUAUUUAGUCGUUAAGUACAGCCAGCUAUGUUCAUUACUGUGUGAAUUAUUUAUUAUUAUUGUGAUUUAAGUUUCAAGCUUUGUGCUUGGUUUUGCUCUCUUUUUAAUUUAAGUCUUGCCACAAAAAAAGUAAUUUAAUGUAAAAAGAUUUACAAGGACAAUUUUUACUUGAAAUAUUUGAGUGGUAACACGAAACCAAGUUUAUUUAUCCACCUGUUUAUGGUUAAAUGAUCAAAUUGACUGCUACUUUUCUAAUUUAUUAACCGUGUCGUGUAAUACAGUCCUGAUGCUGGUUAUUUUUCAGCAUGUUUCUUUGUGAUAAUUGUAUUUUGUAGAAAAUGUUGAAGUAUUAUAAUCGUUGUUAAAUAUUUGAGGUAUUCACAAUCUAUUGUUUCUAAUUUUAAUAUUAAUUUAUGGUUUAUAUAUUGUUGAUAGCCUUGGACAUUUAUUUUAUUUUUGUUUCUAUAUUGUAUAUACAAUAGUGUAAUUGAGAUUUUGUACAAUUCUAUGGAUACAAUAUGCAGUCAGACCCUUUCUGGAGGUUCGCUGCAUAUAUAGUGUCUGUAUUAUGUUAGUGUAGUAUGAAUGUGAAUAAAGUAUAUCUCAAACUCAA